AGCGGUCUUUUCAAAACAGAAAAAGAAAAUAACAAAUCAAGAACACACAGAAAAACAAAACAAGAGAAACACGAUUGUUAGGUCUUGUUCAUCGUGUUUCAGAUUGAAUGGAUCAGAGAAGAAGAGGUGAUCCAAGAAUAUACAUCGUCACUCUUCUUUUUCUUUCAUGUAUCCUCUCAGGAGGAGUCCUUCUCGGACUUUACCUCCACCUCCCUGAUCCGAAUCCUCUGUUUCUGCAAGCGGGUAUGUUCUUCGUUUGUGUCCCUUGGCUCUUCUGGCUCUUGGCUUAUCUUUACUCCUGCGUCCUCAAGCCUUGCGCGGUCUCUGUGAGCAAGAAGAGCGUUUCCAGUUUUGAUCCGGAGAAAGGCGAGGAGAAGAACAACAAGAAUGUCUCGGAGAACGAAAUGUCAGCUUCAGAUCCUGUGGCUGAGGUUGAGCCGAGUGAGAAAGCCAACCCUCAUUGACGUGUGGGACAAGGAAUGCUACCAUGUUGAAGGACCCAUACAAGUAUCUGUUCUGUUGUGGCUUUAUUUUUGUUUUUCUUAUGGUUUUGUGAUGAAUUAAAAAGUUAAUGAUUAACUAAAACAGAGUAUUUUAAUCAUUAACUAAAGGAUUUCUCAGAAACAGGGGAGGGAGAAACAGAGCAAAAGCAAGAGCUGCGCACUGCCCAAAAGUAACUAAAUAAGAAACAGAAUAUUUUAAUUAUAUUUCAUUUAUCUGUACUAGUGAAGAUGAAUCUUCGUCUUCUUCCUCCUGGCAUCACACACUUUCUUCUUUGUCUUCUUCCAACGAUGAACAAGACAUUCAUGAUUCUCAA